AUGGGAACUACUGCUCUUAGACAGUUGUUGAAGAGUCUUUGCAAUAACUCCGACUGGAAAUAUGCUGUGCUUUGGAAGUUGAAACAAGACAGCCCAAUGAUUUUAACUUGGGAAGAUUGGUAUUUUGAUUGCCCAAAACCACGAGAACCUUUGCAAAGUAUAUCCUCCGAUUUUUACUGCAAUGAUGGGAAUGCUCUAUUUUCUUCCCCUUUUGAUGCAAGUGCAGCCAAUGAUAGCCCUGGGGGACAUCAAUUUGGACUUGCCAUGGCUGAUAUGUCGCUCCUUCAGUAUCCCUUAGGAGAGGGGGUUGUUGGUGAAGUGGCAUUUACAGGGGACCAUUUCUGGCUUUUAUUCAACAAUAUUUUUUCUUGCGAAGAGGGCGCUAAUUUAGCUCCUGAGUUUCCAGAAGAAUGGCUACUACAGUUUGCAUCAGGUAUCAAGACUAUUUUGCUGGUACCUGUACUUCCACAUGGAGUUUUGCAGCUUGGAUCAUUUGAAGAGGUUGCUGAAGAUAUUCAAAUAGUUGCCUAUAUCAAAGGUAGUUUCAAUGGUCUUUACAGCAUUAGAGAAAACGCAAUUCCUUUCACCUUAAAGAGGGAGUUUAAAGCUCAGUCAACACUAAUCUCUGGUCCUGUUGAGCACUUAAAUGCAACAUCAGCUAUUGCCUUUUGCCAAGUGAAAAGUGAAGAUUCGAAUUAUUCAAUACCUGUCAAUAGUGUCAAGCUACGUAAAGAUAAACAACCAGAAGCUUUCAAAUAUGAAAACAAAAAUAAAAGUCCCUUGCCUAUCUUCACCGAUUUAUCAACUCCAAGUGAAUCUUUAAGUGCCAGCCAACUGGGGAUGGUGGAGAGUAAGCUUUUUGAACUUUCUUAUCUGAUGGAGGAACUACAAGCAUAUUCUGACUGUAGUGAGUACAAUGUGGGAUGGUUUGGAGAGCCCUUAGAUGGGAAGAUGAAUACUUAUCCUGCUGCAGAUAUAGCAGAGCAACCAUCUGGAGGCAAGGAUGCCAAUGAUGCAUAUCAUAAAAACACAAACAGUUGUCUUAGCUUUCCCAACGGCAGUGAGCUGCAUAAAGCACUUGGACCCCCUUUUAGGUGCCAGACCAAUGAAAAGACAUUGGACCCAUCCUUCUUGUUGGAGGAUAGUUGUGGGAGCUCAAAUUUCAUCUGCAAUGAAGAUCUCAGUGCUAGAAUUGAGCCUUCUUUGUUUUCUAGAGAAGGUGUUGAGUUUCUGCUGGAAUCUGUGGUUGGCAAUUCAUAUAGCAGUUCAGAUGAUACUUCUUCAAAUAGAUCCCAUAGUUUCAAGUCAUCUGAAAGGUUGUCACAACACUUUCUUAGUUCUUCUCAAAACCAAUUUCAAGCAAGCACCUUGGAGGGGGAUGAUUUGGCACCAUGGAGCCAUCUAGCAUCUGCAUGUAUUUCUGGGAGUGGAUAUACUGAUACUUCAGCUGCUUUGGGUAGUAUGAUGAGCACAAUUUUUGACCAGGAACAACAGGAGAAAAGUUGCAGUUACACGCAACCUCGGAAAGGCCAGAAGAUGUCAAGUGUCGCCAGAAGCAGGGCCAGACCUGGCGAAAACCAAAAGUCAAGGCCAAGGGAUAGACAGCUGAUCCAGGACCGGGUAAAGGAGCUGAGGGAACUCAUCCCUAAUGGUUCAAUGUGUAGCAUUGAUGGCCUCUUGGAUCAAACCAUAAAGCACAUGCAGUAUUUAAGAAGUGUGACUGACCACGCUGAGAAGUUGAGGCAAUGGGUUCAUCAAGAGGUUGCUGAUCGCAAGAAAUGCAGAUCAUCUGAAACCAACGAAGAUAUCCAAAGUGGGAAAAGCUGGGCGUUUGACUUUGGAAAUGAGCUCCAGAUGUGCCCCAUAGCUGUGGAAGAUCUUGCAUACCCAGGACACAUCCUCAUAGAGAUGCUUUGCAAUGAUCGCGGUAUGUUCUUGGAGAUAGCCCAGGUGAUCCGCAGUCUAGAUUUGACCAUCCUGAAGGGCGUGAUGGAAAGUCGAUCAAGUGACACAUGGGCUCAUUUCAUUGUUGAGGCUUGCAAGGGUUUCCAUAGACUCGACAUAUUCUGGCCCCUGAUGCAGCUUCUGCAGCGGAAACGUGGUUCUAUAUCUAGCAAGAUUUGA